AUGCAGUGUCGGCGGAUAAGUAGGAUCUUGGAGGGCUUUGAUCCUGUUGCUCAUGGCUUACCUGAAGAUUUUAUCCUUACCAAACUGACUGCAAUGAAGGGCUGUGGAUGUAAAGUUCCUAGAGCGCAUUACCUACUGGCUAAGUUCUGCGUCCACCUCGUUGAGAUGAUUACUUAUGAUCGAAUUCUAGGUAUUGGGCUUGAUAGCUGCGUGGUACCUCUUCGACAUAAAGGCUUGAAUCUUGUCCAGACCACUGACUUUUUCUACCCUCUGGUCGACGACCCGUACCUUAUGGGUAGAGUGACAUGCGCUAAUGUGCUGAGUGAUUUGUAUGCUAUGGGCAUUGUCGACUGUGAUAACAUGCUAAUGCUACUUGGAGUUGCCGUGGACCUGAACGAGAAGGAACGCGACAUUAUCAUUUCUAUGUUUAUCAAAGGAUUCAAGGACACUGCUGAUUCUGCUGAAACUAAAGUUCGUGGUGGGCAGACCGUUCGUUGUCCUUGGCUGCUUCUCGGUGGCGUUGCAAGUAGUGUAGCUGCUGAUGAGGAAAUCAUUAGAGUCGAUCAAGCCAAACCUGGAGAUGUUUUAGUUCUAACGAAACCGAUUGGCGGUCAGGUUGCUGUCAAUUCGUACGAAUGGCUCAAAAAGAAGAACGGGCGUGUUGAGGAGUUAGGCCUGGAUGAAGGCAAAAUCAUUCGUGCUUUCCAGCAGGUUACAGAACAAAUGACACGGCUAAACAGAAAUGCUGCAAGAAUGCUUCACAAAUACCACGCUCAUGCCUCUACAGAUGUGACUGGCUUCGGACUUCUUGGUCACGCAGACAACCUUUCGCGGGCCCAAAAAGCGAAUGUUCGAUUUGUCAUUGACACUCUGCCAGUGAUUGAAUACAUGGACGAAAUCGCUUUGAAAAUGCCAAAUCGAAACGGUUUCAAUCUUUUCGGAGGCAAUCUUUUCGGAGGCACUUCUGCAGAAACCAGUGGUGGUUUACUUGUAGCCCUCAGCCCAGAAAAUGCUGAGCCCUUUAUCCGUGACAUGGAGUCGUUCGAUGGCUUCCCAGCUUGGGUCGUUGGUCAUGUUGAAGCAUUGGAUGGGAAGGAGAAUCACGCAAUCAUCCAUGAAAACUACAAGGUGGUAUCUGUGCCAUCGAAAAUUCACGAUUGA